AUAACUACGGCGUUCCCUUGGAAAUAUUAUGACUUAAUCGAGCGCGGAGCCAUCGAUGCUAAAUCGAUGUCACGGGGAUGUAUUUGAAGUCGUGCGCGACGUCUCUUUCUUCCUUUUCGCUGAACGUGUCAGCCAUGGCGCCGAUUAAGAAGCAUGUGGUGGUCAAAAAGCCGGGUGGCAAGAGGAAGAAGCAGGUUCUGAAGUUCACGCUGGACUGCACGCACCCCGUGGAGGAUGGCAUCAUGGACGCCAGCAACUUCGAGCGGUUCCUGCAGGAGCGCAUCAAAGUCAACGGCAAGGCGGGAAGCCUGGGCGGCGGCGUGGUGUCCAUCGAGAGGAGCAAGAGUAAAAUUGCGGUCAACUCUGAAGUUCCCUUUUCCAAGAGGUACCUCAAGUAUCUGACCAAGAAGUACCUGAAGAAGAACAACCUGCGGGACUGGCUGCGCGUGGUGGCCAACACCAAGGAGAGCUACGAGCUGCGCUACUUCCAGAUCAACCAGGACGACGAGGAGGAAGAGGAAGACUAAAGACGACCCCACGUUCAAUAAAACGCCCACAAAAAAAAGACGGAAGCGUAAAAAUGGGUUUUGUUUUAAUUUCAAAUACAGCCGGAAAGCGGUAGAGCGGUCGGAAGUGGUGGCCUUCUUGAUCAUAUUUCCAUAUUUAGGUUAUGUAAUCUACCCCAGCGGGGGGCAGAAUAUUAGAGACAGCGAUCUAGGAUGUGAUUCAGAUGGACAAACGACAACUACAAUAAUGAAAUGUUGAAUUAA